AGUGUUAAGUCGCGGAGUUCCAGUAUAUGCAUUACUGCGACCCCACCAACUGCUACCUCCACUACCUCCACUUUUGGCUACAUAAGGUGUGAUUAGCAGCGUGGGUGGAAGAAGGGGCAGGGAUUAAUAGGAGAAGGGAGAAAAUUAAAUAGCAACACUGGGACGGGGACGCCAGCCCUCCUCUGGGUCGGGCAGCACGAACAGCAGCAGAAUGUCGAAACCACCAUCAGACAAACUGCCAACAUUUAAACUGGUAGUUGUUGGGGAUGGUGGUGUAGGCAAGUCUGCACUUACGAUACAGUUCUUCCAACGGCUGUUUGUGACUGACUACGACCCAACAAUAGAAGAUUCAUAUAUCCAGCACACUGAGGUAGAUGCCCAAUGGUGUAUUCUUGAUGUCUUGGACACUGCAGGGCAAGAGGAAUUCAGUGCUAUGCGGGAGCAGUACAUGCGGAAGGGCGACGGCUUUAUGCUGGUGUAUUCUGUAACGGACAAGCAGAGCUAUGAAAACAUACCCCACUUUUAUACCCAGAUCCUACGUGUGAAAGACAGAGAAUCUUACCCAAUGCUGCUGGUAGCUAACAAAGUGGAUUUGGUACAUAUGCGGAAAGUGUCAGAAGAGAUGGGACGGGAACUAGCCCACAGACUUAAUCUCUCGUAUAUUGAGACCAGUGCAAAAGACCCGCCCCUCAACGUUGACUCUGCAUUUCAUGAGGUUGUGCGUAUCAUACGGGAUUCUCCUCCAGUGGAUGGACCCAAGAAGUGCAAUAAGAAGACAAAGUGUGUGAUUAUGUAAAUUAUUACUUUGAUACUUUUGACCAUCUCCAACACACUGCUACAUGAGUCAACCCCCAAUAUUAAGAAUUUUACCUUGAUCAUUGUUACAACCUUGCUUGUAUAACUUAAAAACUGUCAAUUGGACAACAUUUUUCUUGGGUUGAAAGAAAUGACAGAAACAACUUAGUAUCAUAAGAUUCAUCAGAAGUACUGUACUUUUUAUUAUUGUUUUAAUAUAAAUGAGAUUCAAGAGUAGAUUUGAGGCAUCACAGUGCAUGACUCAAAAGAAUUGCCGAGUCUGUCAUUUUGUGAUAUCUCGGGUGAUUUACAGAGUGGUACUCCAGUAGAGAGUAUUAAUGGUAAUUUGUUUUUGUUUUUUAUAAUAUAAAAUGUUCUGUUGUGGUGCUUUAGAGCUACAGUACUUGUAUAUGCUCAUUUCGGUUUAUGAUCCUUCCGUUGACAAUAAACCCACAAACUUAGUGUUCCUUGUAAUUUGUAACAUAAUGUUUCUUGUGGGUGUUCAUCAUUUUGAAAAAUAUAAUAGAUGUCUCCAUUUUCUUAUGUAACAAUGGAAUAUGUUGUGCACUAAAGUUUAUAUUGUCAUAGCUUUAAGAAAUAUUUUUACCUCUCAUCUUUCAUAUUAUACCAAAGACAUUGGGAGUGAGUGCUAUAAGCAUAAUUUUAAAGAAUUAUUUAAUUUUAGAAUUUUUACUAUAGUCAAGGUUCACAGGGGCUUGAAGCUUAGCAUGGCCUAAUGAUAUUUAAUAUUUGCAUUCUCUCUGCUAUUGUACAUCAUUCAAAUUUUUUGUCAGGUUGCCAUAGAAGUGCUUAAAGUUUCACCACAAGUUUUCUGGGAGGGCAUCCUAAUCCAGGGUCUGGUCUUGUUGCAAUGUAAUCGCUUCAAGUGGCAACUCCAUAAUGGUUUGUUAACACACCACCAUACGGAUGCACUGUAUAUCUUCCAUUAUUUUGGCCAAACGUCUUGGUUAUGUUUCAAUAUUUAUUUUUCAUUUCAAGUGAAAAGAAAGAAUUAUAAAGUCAGUGCACCAGUGAUCCUAAAAUGAUUAAAAUAACUGGAAAUUGUCCAGAUUAUUAUUCUUGUGGAAAUGGAUUCUGGGUAUCCUUACCCAGAAACUUUACUGCAAGGUACCUGGGAGGGCAUCCUGGCCCAGAAACUUUACUGCAAGGUACCUGGGAGGGCAUCCUGGCCCAGAAACUUUACUGCAAGGUACCUGGGAGGGCAUCCUGGCCCAGAAACUUUACUGCAAGGUACCUGGGAGGGUAUCCUGGCCCAGAACCUUUACUGCAAGGUACCUGGGAGGGCAUCCUGGCCCAGAAACUUUACCGCAAGGUACCUGGGAGGGCAUCCUGGCCCAGAAACUUUACUGCAAGGUACCUGGGAGGGCAUCCUGGCCCAGAAACUUUACCGCAAGGUACCUGGGAGGGCAUCCUGGCCAGAAACUUUACUGCAAGUUUCCAUGGAAAACAUCCCUGCCCAGAACUAGAAGUGUACUGUAAUGUAGUUGCUAAUUAGACAACAAUAGUAUUACACACAAAAGACACUAGAAAGAUAAUUCAAGAGACCUUUUUUGUUUUUGUAUAAUUUAUGGCUGGUAUAGUGUCUUUCCUGAUCUCUGCAGGUCGCACUGUUUCUGG